AUGGAGAACGAAAAGGGAGAGAUUGUCGAUCUCUACGUCCCCCGCAAAUGCUCGGCCACCAACCGCAUCAUCAAGGCCAAUGACCACGCCUCCGUCCAGCUCUCCGUCGGCAAAGUCGAUGAGAACGGUCGCUACACUGGCGAGAACCAGGUUUAUGCUCUGAGCGGAUUCGUUCGUGCGCGCGGCGAGGCUGAUGACUCGAUCAACCGCCUAACCCAGCGGGAUGGCUACUUGAAGAAUGUAUGGAGCGCUCAACGAUAA